CCUCCUUACCAAGUGCCCUUAGAGCCUGUUUGAAAAGUCAUUUUGGGUAAAGCCGUUUGCCAUGAACCCGAGUUUUUCCCCGGUCACGGGAUCCUCUCGGACUUCAAAACUCGGGUUCUUCCGUAAUCCACUAUUCAACGGCACAUUCUCACUAUAUUUAGCAAACCGUGUCAGAGUUUUCAGCUUGCAGCCCGAUUUAUCGGGGGCUUGGUUUCGU